UCACUCGUACUGUAUAGCCAUUGAAGCGAGUCUAUGAUGGAGGGACUAAGCUUCUAAAUCUCUUUUUGUUGAGAAAAAAAAAUAAUAAGCAGAGGAAAUAGGUGACGUAUUAAAUAUUUCAUUACGGUUAGACGUGUGUUUUUAAUCGCAGUGAUAUUUUGUGAAAUUCCGAAGACUACUUCUCUUAGCUUGCAAGAGGAUGAUUGACGAUUUCGAGAAACAGGAGGUUCGGAGCAGCGGGGAGCUCUGGUCCCAAAUUUGUGGUCCUAGCCUGCCGGAGAUCCAAGCAGAGACCCCUCCGGACAACAGUUCCGACUUCCAGGACUCUUUUCAGCCUGCGGGAGGGCCGGGCAAUGGCCUGCCUAACGGGACAAACACCACCGGAUUCCCCAAUGCUCAGUGGGAACCCAUGGAGGAUUCCGAGACCUACAUUGCCAGUUUAGAGAAUCGACUGAAGAGGCUGAAGGGUCAGCCCAGCGACGUGACCUCCAAGGAUAUGCUGCGUUCCUUGUCUCAAGCCAAGAAAGAGUGCUGGGAUAGAUUCCUGCACGACGCUCACGCCUCCGAGCUCUUCCAAAGCGGCGACAUGGAUGAGAGUGCCGUGGAACACUUGAAGAGGUGGCUGGUCCCGGAGAAGGUGGCCAUCAGCGCGGAGGAGCUGGAAUAUCUGCUGAGGCCGUCGCAGACCGAGGAGCCCGCCCGAGUGGAGCGGGAGGCGGCGCGGGGGGACGCCGAGGAAGAAGAGGCUCGGGAGUCCUGAGAAAUGACACUGAAACACAGUUCAUCCAUCAAGCUUUUUCCUCUCCGUUAGUUAUCUCUUUUGUUUGUGCCCUUUGUGUAUAUAUGUAUUUUUUUUUACCCACAGUUUUAUUCACAAUGCUUCAACUUUCACAGUCAUAGAGAAAUUCUAAUAAAGGACCUCAUGCAGUAUAAAAAUGUUGACGCUUAAAUUCAUGUAAAAAAUGUCUGAGCUGUGUUUUCAAUAAAUGAUUUUAGGCUUCGUAAAUUGUCAUUUCAUAUAUAACUGCAGACAUUUUGUUGUGUGUGUAGUAAACAAACAUUUAAAGGGCUCACAGGUGGCGGUU